AUGACCCUGACAGUCGUCUCCGGCUUGGGCUCGAUCCUCUCCUUGAGCGUCCUUCUUGUCGUGAGCUCCGGCGGUCCCGUCGGACGCGACGGUUCGCUUCUCGACGCAAAAGACUUCCUCAGCCACUUUCUGGCCACGCUGAACGUCACCGGGCAGAAGACCCCGGUCAGGGCCCUUUCCGCUCCUAAGGAGCCCCCAGAGUACAUGCUGGAACUCUACCAGAGAUUCGCCAACGACCGAAGCGCAGUGCCCUCGGCCAACGUAGUGCGCAGUUUCAAGAACGAAGGUUUGUCCCGCAACGGUGUGACAUUCAGGGGUGUCAGGACACACCUGCUCCUCUUCAACAUCUCCGUUCCGCAGCACGAGGACAUCACCCGAGCUGAGCUUCGCCUCUUCACGCUGGUCCGUAGGUCCCAAAGACCCUACCUUGCCUGCAAGGUGACCAUUUACAAAGUCCACGGCGGCGUGAUUUGGACCAGGGAAGUUGGCAAGACUGUGCGAAGGCGGGAUCAAGAGGAGGAGGAGGAGGAGGAGGAGCAUCUGGAGGAACUGCUGACCAAGCACAUUGUCGCCGAAGAUUGCAGCUGGGUGUCCUUUGACCUGACUCAUGCCGUGGAGCUCCGACGAGAGUUUGGAUAUGUGACGCUCAGGCUGGAGGUCCAUAUCGCCAUUUUGGGGUCGGAGGAGGCGGUGACGCGGGACGGCGAGGUCCUGAUUGAUACCGAGGGGCAGCAAAACCCAGUGAUGGUGGUCUUUUCGGACGACCCCGGCAAACGUCACGAGCAACGUGGGAACGACCUACCCGACCGACAGCUUAUCCACGACACACCUCAUCGGCUCCGCCGCAAUGUUAAGAGCGAGGCCUGCAAGAGGACACCGCUCUUUGUGGAUUUUAAAGACAUCGGCUGGGACACGUGGAUCAUCCAGCCGUUGGGCUACGAGGCCUACACGUGCAAAGGCGUGUGCGGCGCCCCUCUGACCCCCGAGGUCUCGCCCACCAAGCACGCCAUCGUGCAGACGCUGCUGAGCGUUAAGAGCCCGGAGAGGGCAUCGCGUGCCUGCUGUGUACCCACUAAGCUGGAGCCCAUUUCGCUCCUUUAUCACGAUAACGGGGUGAUCACUUUCAACCACAAAUAUGAGGGCAUGGUGGUGGCGGAGUGUGGCUGUAGAUAG